AUGAUAGUCCUUGUAACAAUAUAUCACUUCAACCGCUUCUCCAAGCUCAUCGUCGACGGCGUUGCCGAGGCCAAGGAGUGGACCACCAUCCGCCAGACCAAAAACUACCAAGACGACCACGGCGUCACUGAUGUCGGCAGCACCGACAUCCGCUGUUUUCAGAUGAAGACGGGUACCGGCUUUGCCACGGUGGCCGCCGGCGGCAACCUCGGCUUCAUUGCCGAUCAGACCGUCUCGCACCCGGGUCCGGUGCAGUUUUACAUGGCGCGUGUGCCUGAGGGCCGUGACCUCAAUACAUGGGAGGCGGCCGGCAACGUCUGGUUCAAGGUGGCCAGCAUCGGCGCCGUGGCGGGCACGACUGGCAAAGCACUGGUCUGGCCGACGUACCACGCACGGUCCGUCAACUUCACGGUGCCAACAACGCUGCCCAGUGGCAACUACCUGGUGCGCGUUGAGAGCAUCGCCCUGCACCAGGCACAGUCGGCCGGAGGGGCCCAAUUUUAUCUGGCAUGCGCGCAGGUCAAAGUGACGGGCGGCGGAUCGGGCACGCCGUCACCACUGGUGGCCUUUCCAGGCGUGUACCGGUCAGGCGAGGCGGGACUGCUGUUUGCCAACUAUCCGGUGCCGACAAGCUACACGCCGCCAGGUCCUGCUGUGUGGCCGACGGUGUAG